GUGUUCUGUGGUGGAAAUGGCAUUUUUUGUUUACUUUUUUACUUUUAUUUAUUUAUUUAUUUUAUAUACUCCUUAUCCUACUAAUGUUUUAUUGUUAUGUUUUCACUUUCCAUGAGGAUAUGUAUCGUUUCCCCCCUUCCUUUUCAUAUUUUAGACAGCUUUAAAUGCUUUGCCAAGAAUGUGAUCGACCUGUCACGUGUGAUGUGUGUGAAACUCGUAGCACCAUAAUGACAAGGUGCGAACACGAGAGACUUUGAAGAUGGACAGCGGGACGACUAUCACGUCCAGGUGAACAUCCGAGCAUGCAGUCCCGGGCCAUUAUUUCAACCUUCGAAUUUAUCCAGAGAUCAACUAAGCUGAGUUUGAUUCUUCUUUUAUAGAAGUCUCAAAUCAGGAGGUGAGAAUGAACGGGCCAGGAUUUCUGAGCCCCCAGAGUGGUGACACUGAGGAGGCCUGACAGACUGCUCCUCUGUCAGCAGAUGGGCGGCAUCUAUAAUUCAGUCUGGAGACUGUUGCAUGCUGGUUCAUUUCAUGUCCUAUCACCACAGCUCUCCCACAGUCAGUAUUACUCCAAUUUGGCUGCUCAAGAAAUUAUCGGAGGACCCAGAAUGUCGUACGGAUCCAUUGACGCAGGCUCUUUUGGAAGCAGAAAUCCAUUUGGUGGGCCCACAAGGCAGGGAUACCAGCCAGUAGCUACACAAGUCAGCCCCUCAGAGCUGCAAGAUGUGUUCCAGGAAACCUCCUCUAACAUCUUUCAGAUCAAUGCUAAUGUGGUAACACUAGAGAAGAACCUUCAAUCUUUGGGCACAUCCAGAGACACAGCAGAGCUACGGCAGAGUUUACAUUCCACACAGCAGCAAACCAAUAAAGUCAUAACGAGCACAAGCCAGCUUGUUAAACAACUCACUGACAUCAUCAGCGGAUCUUCACGGCAAGACAGACUCCGUCUGACGAGACUCAAAACAGAGCUUUCGGAUUCUGUGCAGCGAUAUGGAGACCUGCAGAAGAAAAUUGCAGAUCGUUCGAGGGCCUUGCUUCCUUCUGCACAAAAGGACAGGAAACAGAGCCUACAGACUCCAUUCAGUGAACUGGUUGAAGAGGGGCCAUUGUUCGGAGAGGCGGAGACUAUUGAGGGUGAUGGCCAAGCAUUCCUGUCAGAGAUCAGUGAGGAAGACGUGGAGAUCCUGAGGCAAAGAGAAGAAGCACUGCUGCAGAUUGAGAGAGACAUGCUGGACGUUAAUCAGAUUAUGAAGGACUUGGCCAGCAUGGUACAUGAACAAGGAGACACCAUAGACAGUAUCGAAGACUACAUUCAGACCACCUCAUCACAUGUGGAAUCAGCCAAUCAAGAGCUUGCAAAGGCCAGCCAUUAUCAGAGGCAGCUGAGGAGGAGGAAGUGUUAUCUGCUAAUCGCUGGAGUGCUGCUUCUUACAUUGCUUAUCAUCAUUAUUGCAGUCUCAGCCAGAAAAUGAGAGCAAGGCCAUAGAGAUCUCUGUUUCCGCUCCAAUUUCCCAGCAAAACAAGAAUCUGUACGUAGAGGUGUCCACCUGCGCUCACUUCCUCUUCUCUUAUCUUCGUCUAUAUUUCUGUCAGAUUGUGUGCUUUUUCUGUUUAUGCAUGUAUGAAAAUGUGAGUGUGUGUGAAUGUUCAUUAAAAGAGUCUAUUUUUAAUGAUUUUUAAUCAGAGCUUUGUACUGUAAUGUGCAAUUAAUUGCUCCUUACCUCUUCAAAGUAGACUCGAAUCAAAGAACAAAAUCCAAAUAGACUAAAUGUUGCUGUGAGCUUCAACGCCAAUGUUAAAAUCUCUUUUCUGUCCUUAAUCGCUGAUUCUUGAGUAUAAGACAAAACUGGCUGUGUUUUUGCUUGCCUAUAAUUCAAUUUGGGUAAACUCCAUAAGAUGUAAAAAAAAAAAAAUAAUAAUAAUAUAUAUAAUAUGUGUUAUAAAAAUGGACUUAAUAAUUAAUAAUGAACUGAUACAAGAUCAGCUCUAUUUAUGUUAUUAUCAUCAUUUUAAGGUUUUUUAAGUAGUGUUGCUACUAAUAUGAUUUACUUAAAUGGGAGAAAUAAUCUAAAAAUUGUCUGCACAGUUUGUGUAACAGAGAAACAUCUAGGUUGUGGCAAAAAUAUAUAAGCACAAUAAAUUAAAUGAUGCAUUUGUGUUAAAAUCAUCAAGGUCCAAAUGUUGAUUUUUGCGUGUUUUGUCCAAUAUGUCUCAAGAAUCAGUCUUAUGUUAGUUCUCAUAUCAGCUCAUGUUGAUACACUGUGCUCAAAAUAAAUGUGUAUAUUUAUUUUUCUAGGGCGCAAAUAUAUAAUCUGUGAAAAAAAAAAACUGUAAUUGUGACAUUCUUUUUAUGAACUUUCUUUAUAAGGCUAUUUAUUUCUUAUGAAGACAAAUAAUUGGUGUACAUUUCUCUUUUAAUAUUGUAACCUGCUGUCUGUGUUUACCAAAAGCUGGUAUUAUAAACUGACAUUUGAAUGCAGCAGGUAGCCUGCCGUUAUAGAACACCUGAUGAGAGAGAGAAUGAAGUUAUUGUUAUCAUUUGCAUAACCAUAAAAUCAUAAAUAGGCUUUCUUUCCAAAUUGAAUAAUGUUUAAAAUGUUCAGUAUCGUCUUGUAUUGCACUGCUCUUAUUUAAGUUGAUUUUUAUUGUUUAUUUGCAGGCUUUGAUUAAACAGU